ACGAGAAUGUCGUAUAUUUUAUGUCCCCCAUAUUAAUAAAGGCAAUUCCGAAAUGGUACUUCAACCAAAUGUGCUCUUCUUUAUAUGUAGCACUGCGUUCGCCGAUAACUACGAAAAAGUUGGAAACCUUUCACACUCUCGUUAGUCAAGUUCAACGAUUAUUUUGAACUUUCGUUUCCAACAAUAAAUGCAACAUAUUAUUACAUAACCACUUCCCCUUUCGGCUACAGUGGCAUACUCGUGUGUUUAAAGUUAAAACUGGCCUCUGUACAUGAGAAUUGAGACACCCACAUGUUCCCUUAAACUUUCCCCGGACAAGACAGAAUUCCCAUCAAUGUAUUUUUAAGAUAAACUGGAUCCCUUUUGGUGAUUUUCUUUCCUUUGUCUGCUGUUAUUCACUUCUUUUUUAGGCACCCCACUAAUUCAGAUUAAUCAUUGCACAAAUGAGUUCACUACUGUGCUUGCUUUUGGUUAUUAUUUUUCCAUUGUGCCAUUGUGUUGAUGCUGCUUGCUCUAAUGGAAACUGCAAGCUUGAUGAUGAAUGCUCGUCUAAUGGUGAUUGUGGGGCCGGACUCUAUUGUUUCUCUUGCCCACUUGGGUUUUCAGGCUCUAGGUGUGUGAGAUCUUCCAUCACAGAUCAAUUCAAGCUCAUAAAUAACUCUCUACCAUUCAACAAAUAUGCAUUUUUGACAACGCACAAUGCUUUUGCCAUUGAUGGAGAACCAUCUCAUACAGGAGUGCCUCGAGUAACCAUCACUAACCAAGAAGACAGUGUAACCCAGCAGCUAAAAAAUGGAGUUCGAGGACUAAUGUUAGAUACAUACGAUUUUGAUGGAGAAGUGUGGUUAUGCCAUUCAUUUCGAGGCCAGUGCUAUGACUUCACAGCUUUUGAACCAGCUAUAGAUACACUGAAGGAAAUUGCAGCUUUUCUGUCAGCCAACCCAACAGAAAUUGUGACACUCAUAUUGGAAGAUUAUGUUAAAACACCAAAAGGAUUGACAAAAGUCUUCACAGACGCGGGCUUGAUGAAGUUUUGGUUUCCUGUGAGUAGAAUGCCCAAAAAAGGAGGAGAUUGGCCUCUAGUAAGUGAUAUGGUUGCUAAAAAUCAAAGAUUGCUGGUGUUCACUUCAGUCAGGUCUAAGGAACAAAGUGAAGGCGUUGCAUACCAGUGGAAUUACAUGGUCGAAAAUCAGUAUGGGGAUAGAGGAAUGGAAGCAGGAAACUGUCCACAUAGAUCAGAAUCUUCUCCUCUUGAUGACAAGAGCAAGUCCUUAAUGUUGGUAAACUAUUUUCGCUCUGUUCCACUUAAGGCAAUAACAUGUGUAGAUAAUUCUGGAGGUCUCAUUGGCAUGCUACAAACUUGUCACAAUGCUGCUGGCAAUAGGUGGGCUAAUUAUGUUGCUGUUGACUAUUACAAGAGGAAUGAAGGAAGAGGGUCAUUUCAAGCCGUGGAUACUCUCAAUGGGGAGCUCAUGUGCGGUUGUAAUGAUGUCCAUGCAUGUGUGGCUGGAUCUACUUCACAAGCUUGCUCAGCAAAGAAAGCAUAGCAACAAGCUAAUGGAAAUGUUUAGUCCUUUUAACUGGAAUUGCUUUCCUUUAUCCCACGUUUCCUGGUUCCGAUAUAAUCACAUAUUAUAUGCUGCUACAGUGUUACAAGAAUGUGUUUGGUUCACAACUACAAAUGCGUUGGUUAUAGUUACCGGAAUAGGCUUAAACGUGUAAGAAAAAAUUGUUGGAAACUAUCACUGUUUCAAUGUAAAGAUACUUCUUUUCGGGAGAUUGGAAAAUGUCGACAUAAACAAGAAAAGCACCGCUUA